CUCUUUACUUCCCUCUUUACUUCCCUCUUUACUUCCCUCUUUACUCUCUCCACUCUCUCUCUACACCCAUGGCGGCCGAUCUCGAAUUCGAAGACAAGUCCAUCCCCUCCCCCGCCGAAAUCGCCUCCACAGACUCAAACCUCGACAGAGACUCCUUCAACCAAUAUGCCGUAGACCACGAAGUCGCCGCCGGCGUCGACAUCGAGUCCGGCCGUCCAAACCCCUUCGUCUUCCUCCUCGUCAUCCUCGUCUCCUUCUCCGGCUUCCUCUUUGGCUACGACACCGGCUACAUCUCCGGCGCCCUCACCUCCAUGGGCACCGACCUCGGCCACGAGCUCUCCGACGGCGACGAGUCCUUCAUCACCUCCGCCACCUCCCUCGGCGCCCUCCUCGGCGGCAUCAUCGCCGGCUCCCUCGCAGACGUCCUCGGGCGCAAGUGGGUCACCCUCGGCGCAAACACCCUCUUCAUCAUCGGCGCCGCCAUCCAGACCGCCUCCCACACCGUCUGGACCAUGAUCGCAGGCCGUUUCAUCAUGGGCUGGGGCGUCGGCAUCGCCUCCCUCAUCGCACCGCUCUACAUCUCUGAGAUGGCCCCCUCGCGUUUCAGAGGCCGCCUCGUCAUCCUCAACGUGCUCGCCAUCACCGGCGGCCAGGUCAUCGCCUACGCCAUCGGCGCCGGUCUCGAGAGCGUCGACAAUGGCUGGCGUAUCUUGGUGGGUCUCGGUAUCCUCCCGGCUGCCGUCCAGAUGGCAAUGUUCAUCCUCAUGCCCGAAACCCCUCGUUUCCUCGUCAGUCGCGGACGCACCGAGGAGGCCAAGCGCGUCAUCCGAUGGAUUUACUCGCCCCGUAACGCCGUCGUCUCCGAGGACCUGGUCGAGAAGAAAGUCAAGCUGCUCGAGAUCUUCAACAACGAACAGCACCCGGAGUGGUCCCGCGCCCGACGCCUGAGAUACGCCGUCCGCCAGCUGGUUGUGAUCCCCGAGAACAUGCGCGCCGUCAUCAUCGCCUGCAUGCUCCAGGGCAUCCAGCAGUUUUCCGGCUUCAACUCGCUCAUGUACUUCUCCUCCAGUCUCUUUGCCAUGGUUGGUUUCAAUCACCCCACCGCCGUCUCCAUCAUCGUCGCAGGAACUAAUAUGGCUUUCACCAUCAUCGCCUUCAUCCUCAUCGACCGCAUCGGCCGCAGACGCAUCUUGCUCUUCACCAUCCCCUGCAUGGCCAUCUCGCUCGUCAUCGCCGCCAUCGCGUUCCACUACCUGCCUGCCAACGCCACCGGCUCCAACCCAUGGGCCAUCUGCAUCCUGGUCUUCAUGAUGUGCUACGUCGCCUCCUACGCGUCCGGCAUCGGUAACGUCCCAUGGCAGCAAUCCGAGCUGUUUGCGAUGCAAGUCCGCGGCCUCGGCACCUCCCUCGCGACCGCCACAAACUGGGCCGGCAACCUCGUCAUCUCGUCGACCUACCUGACGAUGAUGGACAACAUCACGCCCUCCGGCACCUUCGGCCUCUUUGCCGGUCUCUGCAUGCUCGGCUGGAUCGGGGUUUUGUUCAUGUACCCCGAGACCGCGUACCUCACGCUCGAGGACAUCCAGGGCCUGCUCAAGGGUGGCUUUGGCAUCAAGAAGAGUCAAAAGAUGUCGCGCGAGCAGCGCGCAAAGCAUCUUGCCGCGCGCGAGAACGCAAAGAUGGAGGGCGUGGCUGUCGAUGUCGAUGUCGAUGUCGAUGUCGUCGAGAAGCAGCUAUAA